AUGACUAAUUCUUCGAUAAUAGUUAGGCAUCGAAACAUAUUUCUUUGGCUAUUUAUCUCCGCCUGUUUAAUAAAAGUCAGCUCGAGUACUGAAAAAGCUUCAAGAACGAACGUAGUUCUUGUCGGUGCUACCGGUAAUUUAGCUCAAAAAUAUCUUUGGAAGAGUCUCUUUAACCUAUAUAAAAGCAUUAAUCAAAGCGAAGAAAAGUACCAGCUAAAAUUUUAUGGAGCUGCUCGUAAUCCUGCACAUGAGGGCGACAAAUUGCUUGAUCAGAUACUUGGAAAUAUUUUUCAAUUCGACAAAUCUGGAGAAGAUGAGAAAGUGCAAAAAUUUUUAAGCAAUUGUCAGUAUGUACAACUUAAAAGUGAAAAGGAUUAUGCAAACCUUUGCAAAAAAAUCAAUCAGGAAGCAAUGAAAGAGUCGAUAUUGGAAUAUGGUAGGAUAUUUUAUCUAUCGGUACCUCCGUUUGCAUACUCGCGUAUUGCAUCCUAUAUCAGUAAUCAUUGUAGACCUGACCAAGAGAGUAAAACAUGGAUACGUGUAGUUUUUGAGAAACCUUUCGGUCAAGAUUUACAAACAUCUAAAGACUUGACAAAUGAGUUACAACGCUAUUUUGACGAACAUCAAAUCUAUUUGGUCGAUCAUUACUUAGGUAAAGUCGGGGUUGAUCAAGUUUUACAAUUCAGGAUGGAAAAUUUACCAUUGUAUGAACCACUGUGGAAUCGAGAUUACAUAAGCAGGAUAGAAAUCGUUAUGAAGGAAGAGGAAAAUUGUGCCGAAAGAACCGAAUUUUAUAACUCAUAUGGAGUUAUACGUGAUGUCAUGCAAAACCACUUGACAGAAAUACUGGCCUUGGUUUGUAUGGAAUUACCAGGUCAUCAAAUGGCUUACAACCCAAGUGAUCUACUGCAAUUGAAAGCGGAUUUGUUGGAGAAGGUGAAAAAUUUAGGACCUGAUAAUGUAAUUGUGGGACAAUAUAAGGACUAUAUAUCACAUUUAAGGCAAGAUUUCAAAGAUAUAACGAAAAGAAGUAAUGCUUCUACAUUUGCUGCGGUAUUAUUACAAGUAGAUAAUUCACGAUGGAGAGAUGUUCCUAUCAUUAUGGUUGCAGGUAAAGAACUGACUGAAAGGACAGCUUACGUAAGAGUAGUUUUUAAAGAUGGUCUUUACUGUCUGAACAAUGAAGUAAACUGUCCUACUGCUGAAGUUAUUUUCAAUAUCCAAGGGGGUUCUUUAGGAAUCUCAGCAGAAGUCACUUCUAAACUACUACCACGGCCAAUUUUACGACCCGAUUGGUAUUCAACCAAUCCUACUAUUAAUUCUGGUGAUUCUUUGGGUGUUCGCAUAUCUGAUUAUUAUGUUCGUAGUCCGAAAAUCAACCCAGAUGCUUAUACAGUUGUUGUUGAUGCUGUUUUUAAAGGUAGACAAGACAUGUUUAUAUCUACGAAGAAUCUAAUCUUAUCGUGGACUUUGUGGACUCCACUAGUACACCACGCCGACGUAAUUAUACCUAGAUUAUACGAUAAAGAAGAUAACAGCCAAACGUUAAGAUUUAUAUUUCAUAAAGAUCAGAUUGCAUUUGCUGACAGAUUUACUUAUGAUUGCAAGAAUCGGGUCAAAAAUUUGUAUUCGAAAGACGGGAAUCAUCCAUUCGAUAUUAUAAAUCAAGGUUUUCGAAAUCAGACGUUAAUUCGAGGUUCUCCAGAUGCAGUUAUAGACAAUCUCGUCAACGAUAUUUUAUUGUCUGCAACUGUUGCUAUCCGCAAUAGAAAUGUUUUUCACGUUGCCUUCCCAGGUGGAUCCACGCCAAUACCUCUCUUUCAAAAGUUGGCUUCCUUAGGCAGCCGAAUAUCCUGGUCGAAAUGGCACAUCUGGAUAGUUGAUGAGCGUUGCGUGCCAGUAUUGGAUAGUAGAUCGAAUUUCAAGUCCCUUCAUGAUCAUUUACUACGCUAUAUUGACGUUCCAUACUAUAAUAUUCACCCUGCAAUUGCUAAUCAACAUACUGGCUUUUGUGAUUCCAGUUACUAUGAACAAGAAAUAAGAAGUGUUAUGAAUGAAUCUAUUUUUGAUUAUAUUGUCCUUGGAGUUGGAUCGGAUGGACACAUAGCUUCACUUUUUCCAGGUUUCCUGCAUACGAUUGAGGCAAACAACUUCGUAGCUUUAGUGAAAAAGGAUUACGCUGAUUCUGCGAGGAUAACUAUGACGUUUUCACUGCUAAAUAAAGCGCGUACAAUUUCAGCAUUAAUACUUGGUAAAAGAAAGCAAGUCAUUGUAAGCGCUAUCAAAAGUGGCAUUAUAGAUAUUCAUCGCUACCCAGUUACCGGUAUUAAGAUUUCUGAUGAUCGGUUUAAGUGGUUUAUUGACUAUGUUGCAUUACCAUAG